UUCAUUCAUUAUGAUAAUGAUGAAUUAGUUGGUGCCACUCAGCCCUUGUCAAAAUUCAUAUAUAACUUCAACAAGUUCACUUGCUUUUUUCUAUCUUCCCAACCAUGAAAUUUCAUCAAACCAAUUGCCAAAAAUUUCUUGUUUCAACCCUUUCUUUGAUUUUUAUCACUUCCAUCCCUUUAAUUCUUUUGAAAAAUUCCCAUCCUCCAUUGUCAAGCAGCUUGAGAAGAAGCACUGAGUUAGGUGGUGGUGAUGAUGAUAAAUGUGAUGUGUUUAGUGGAAAAUGGGUGAUUUACCCUCAAGGUCCUUAUUACACCAAUGAAACAUGUCCCCUCAUUAUUGAUCAGCAUAAUUGUAUGAAGUUUGGGAGACCUGAUUUACAGUUCAUGAAAUGGAGAUGGAAGCCAUUUGGUUGUGAGUUACCUCUCUUUGAUGCAACUCAGUUUUUAGAGAUUGUUCGAGGGAAAUCAAUGGCGUUUGUUGGUGAUUCUGUAGGAAGGAACCAAAUGCAAUCGUUGCUGUGCUUGUUAGCUCAUGUAACUUAUGCAGAGGACAUAUCAAACAAAUCUCCAUCAGCCUCAAUCUAUUCAACACAUUUGUUCUAUAGUGAAUACAAUUUCACAUUAUCAGCAUUGUGGUCACCAUUCUUAGUUAAAUACAAAGAUUCAGACCCAGAAGGCCAUUCAUUCAACAGCUUAAUGAGCCUAUACUUAGAUGAAGCUGAUGAAGAAUGGGCAAAUGAGAUUAAGAAUUUUGAUUAUGUAAUCAUAUCAGUAGGCCAAUGGUUCUUUCGCCCAUUAUUGUACUACCAAGAUGGUCAACUCAUAGGUUGCCACAAAUGCAACCACAGCAACAUCACUAGCCUCACAAGGUAUUAUGGGUACAAAAUGGCAUUUCAAACAACUUUUAAAACCCUUCUUAGCCUUAAAAACUAUGAAGGGGUUACAUUUUUAAGGACAUUUUCAGCAGCCCAUUUUGAAAAUGGGGAUUGGAAUAAUGGUGGGAGUUGUGAUAGAACAAGACCCUUUACAAAAGAGAUGAAAAUAGAAGAGUAUAAUAAAGAGUUUUAUUUGACUCAAGUUGAGGAAUUUAGGAAAGCUAAGGUAGAAGAAGGGAUACAAAAUGGGUUGAGAUUUGUACUUAUAAAUAUCACUGAAAUCAUGUGGUUGAGACCAGAUGGGCAUCCAAAUAGGUAUGGACAUUCAAUGAACAGGAAUGUAUCAGUAAAUGAUUGUGUUCAUUGGUGUUUGCCAGGACCUAUUGAUACUUGGAAUGAGUUUUUGGUAUAUUGGAUGAAGAGGGAAUUGUUGUUAAGAGGAAAGUUGAAGAAAAAUGCUUGAAAAGGAUUAGAUUGUGAGAAUUCAACAUUUGGAGGGAUUAAAUUACCAUUUUCGAUGUGGCUUUGGUUGGAGCUUUUGUGUAGAUGCAAUAUGUGUUAAUUUUUUUUGGCAUAAUAUAAUUAUAAUUUAAUUAUAUAAAUUUAUUUCUUUGUAAUAAUUUAUAUUAUAUAAAUUUUAAUCAUUAAAUUAAAGGUGUUUACAAAUUCA